AUGGUGAGUGAGAAUGAGGAGCAGAAUUCUCAGCAGGAAGAUGCGGAGCAAGUGGAAUCACAUGGAGCAUUAUCGCAAAGAUCAAAAGGGAAUGUGUCCAGGAGUCGUGAGCAGGGAACAGCCCGUGAGAUUCAGCACAGAUCAGAGAGAGAGCAAGGAAAUCAGCCAGAGGAGAAAAUGGGAAAAUUAAUUUACUGUGGGGGAACUCAGAAGGACUUGAAGGAAACCACAACCCAGCAGGAAAGCCUCAGGGGAAAGAGAAAAACUACAUGCACUGAGUGCGGGAAAAACUUUACUCACUGCUCAUCCCUUAUUAGACAUCAGAGAAUACACACAGGGGAAAGACCCUAUGAAUGCUGUGAGUGCGGGAAAAGCUUCACUAACAACUCAAGCCUUAUUACACACCAGAGAAUCCAUUCUGGGGAGAGGCCUUAUGAAUGCAGCGAGUGUGGAAAAAGCUUCACUGACAGCUCACAUCUUACUAAGCAUCACAAAGUCCACACUGGGCAGGGGCUCUAUGAAUGCGGUGAGUGUGGAAAAAGCUUCACGGAUAGCUCAGCCCUUCUUAAACAUCACAGAAUCCACACGGGAGAGAGACCCUACGUAUGCUGCGAGUGCGGGAAAACCUUCAGUCAGAGCUUUGAGCUUACUAGACAUCAGAGAAUCCACACGGGGGAGAGACCUUACGAAUGCUUUGAGUGCAGGAAAAGCUUCAUUCAGCACUCACACCUCAUUAGGCAUCAGAGAAACCACACAGGUGAGAAACCCUAUAAAUGCUGUGAGUGUGGGAAAAGCUUCACUCAGAGCUCAGACCUCAUUAUACAUCAAAGAAUGCACACGGGGGAGAGACCUUAUGUAUGCUCUGAGUGUGGGAAAACCUUCAUUCAGCACUCACACCUCAUUAGGCAUCAGAGAAACCACACAGGUGAGAAACCCUAUGAGUGCUGUGAGUGUGAGAAGACCUUUAUUCAGUUGUCAGAACUUACUAGACAUGAAAGAAUCCACACAGGAGAGAAACCCUAUGAAUGCCGUGAGUGUGGGACAAGGUUCACUCAGAGCUCAUCCCUUAAAUAUCAUCAGAGAAUCUGCAAGGGAGAGAAGCACCAUAAAGACCUCUAGGGCUAUCCAGCCAUUUUUUUCUUUAAUACUUUUGUUAAUUCCCAUGAAGUAACCUGUAAGGCUGUUUGAACCGGUUGCAGCACCGUUAUGCCUCAGCUUGUCCAGAUGAGUUGCACAUUUUUGCCUUUUGCAUUUCACCCUGUUUUGAGGUGGACCCGGUUGUCCUUGUUAUCAACUCCAUUGUCCCAUGAGUAAUGGGAGUGUGUCCCUUCUUCCAGGAAACAAGGAGCAUCACAUUUAUACUAUUCCUCCUAUUGCAGAGUAAUCAUUAGGGUCAUGAAUGAUAGAUUGUUUCAUUCUCAGUUGCUCUCAUAUUGCUCUGGGUUGUGCUGAAGAGCAGUUAUUUUUGGACCUUUUUUCCUCAUUAUACUUAAAUGUAUUUUAAAUGAAGAAGAGCAGUGGCAAGGGAAAAAAAUGUCAUUUCAGCCUUGGUGACACUGGAAGGCGAUGGGGUGACUCAGAGAGAUUCCCUCCUUCCCCAUCGCUCCAGAACUGUUACCUCCUGUUUGAGCCAUGCAGAAUUUAUCUUCUUCCCAUUCUAUCCCUCCACCUCUCAAAGUGUCAUGUGGUGCAGUGUUCUCAGCUGUCUGUGGUUGGAGAUGAUGCUUUCACUUCUUUAAUCCUAAAUCAGAGUCGCUAUGACUGGAGACGAAAGGGGAAUUCAAAUGGAUCCCAAACAGUGUGGGAUCAUUUGGAGUUUAAAUCCCAGUUUCCAACUAUUGGCCAAGCCACUUGGGGGAAGAUUGGCUGUUUUUUCCCCUCGUUAUGAGGAUGCUAAAACUUUUGUAAAUAACAUAACUCAACAGUGCUGAAUGAAACAGGUUUGAAUGGAUCAGAGGAGAAUGUGAUGGGAGAAUCUCUUGUCCCAGUUCUGAGUCAUCAGAUGUAACCUGCUCUGGAAUUUCACUUGAGACCUUCAUUUUCAUGUGUUCUAUAUAUAUCUGUGAUGUGGGUGUCUAUCUUUCCUGAAGGCUGUUAGGUCACCUAAUUGGAUAUUAGUUUAGUUUAACAGGAUGUAGCUCAGAUUUAUUGGCGGCUUUGAGAUAAAUGACCAUUUGUUAAAAUCAUUACUUCUCACUUUUGCUUUUUCCCCACCUCUACCUGAUGACAUGGAGAAAAUUCAAGUGCAGUUCAGACAACAGGAGAGAACUCUCCCAUUUACUGCACAUGCUAACAAAGAAACAGCUGUGAUUUGAAAUCUCCACUUGGAAAUGGUGAACAACAGCAGACCCCAAACUGUGCAACUAAGUGGAGCAAGUGCAGAUGAUCACAGUGGAGUUUAGUUGUUUAAGCCAGCGGUUCUCAAACUUCAUUGCAAUGUGACCCCCCUUCUGACAACAAAAAUUAAUACACAACAUGACCCUCCCCCCUGGUGGAAGCUGAAGCCCGAGAACUUCAGCCCCAGGCAGCUGAGGGAAUUAAAGCCACAGAAUAGCUGCAGAAAAACAUCUAUUUUUGAAUAGAAACUUCAUUUCUGCUAACUUACAGAGAUUUUGGUCCAGGCCUGGAUCUAGUUCCUAGGCUAGACCCGGACCACCAAGUUAAAGAAACCCUGGAUGUGUUUGGGGAAGCCAUUCCGCACUAGCACUGCUGAGAUUUUGAGUGGUUUGGUAAAGGGUUCUACUUCAGAGAAGUGUACCCUAGCCAUGACCAAGGAUUCGGAAAGAAGGGGGGGUAGAAAGAGUACACACCCAGUUCUUGGUUUUCACCCAGUAAAGGAAGCUAAGGUGACCAAUGGCCCAAG